GAGCAGUGUCUUGAAAAACGACAUCGUUAGCAUUUAAACACCGACUGAGUCGCUUUUUAGUCGAGAACGAAGGAGAGUGGUGCUAGCGUGGUGGUUCGGGAAUCCAAAGAUGUCUCUUGUGGACUACGCAUCUUCCUCGGACGACGACGACGAACCGGCGGCCGGAGAGGAACGCCGUGAGCAGCCUCCAUCGCCACCACUAAAACACGAACCGCUUCUACCUCCUAAUCCCCAGGCAUCUCGAUCAUCGACGAAUCAAGGUUCAGAUUCAUCUCCGGCUAGCAUUGAGAAACUUCCUGAUGCUUCACUGCUUCUGAAUUCCCCCUCCAUUCCCGUGGUGAGUGGUAGCGAUCAUGCCUCUCGAGUUGCGGCUGCUCUGGCGGAAAGUGCGUCACGGAAGAGAGACUCAAAUGGGUUGCAGUCGAAUCUUCUUCCUCGGCCGAAACUUCCAAGAGGUGCUUUACCUCAUAGCAAGGGCAUUCCAGACACUGUUGGUGGCAUGCUGGUGCCACCACAGCUUAGUGGAAGGAGCAACGUGGUAACGGAGGAUAUCAGCAAGCUGUUUGUAGGAAGACAUGCAGAUUCACAACCCAGAACAACUGAAAACUAGUGUUGGUUUAUUCUCCUUUAACAUUGCCACUUUUCUUAGGCUUAAAUUAUGCCUAAGUCUUGAGGAUUUUCCUUCUGUAUAAAAAGAAUACUUUUGUACACUCAUGAAACUGUAGUUUGCCUGAAGGCAUGUAGUCUUCUUAUUGGCAAAGAGAAUUAUUGCUGAAUCCAUGAGUAACAUUGUUCUGUUCUGUUCUAUCUAAUGCCCACUUCUCCUGUCUCUCCUUCCCUUGUACCUUCAUUGCCCUUUAUUGUCUUUCGCCACAUCUGGCAUUGAAUCCAUAAUAAUAGGUCUUUGGAUGG